AUGGCCACUCAUCAACCAGAAGCCACUGCCAGCAAGGUAGUUCAAACCGAAUUCCCUCUAAUUGAUAAUGACCCACAUUUCACGAGACCGCCGGGGCUUUCGGGCCAGGCGCUUCUUUCAUGGAGAAAUUCUCGCCAUCACGUGUUGGAAAAGGAGGGUUCGCUCCGGCUCUUAGCAGCCGGCGCCGUCGGUGCAGUGGGCGGCUUUCUCUACUUUUACCAGCGGUCUGCACUCCGAUUCUAUGGCGCGACGGAAAAUACACGUGAGGUGGACAUGAGAGAGAUGGUAGCCAAGGUCAAGGCAGGAACCGCUGUAUGGAGACAGUCAGCUUACAGCACACAUGCAGGGGUGGCGGCAAGGCAAUCACGGUACUCGUCACUCUUCAUGGCGAUCAUGCCAUGGUUCAACUUCGUUAACCACAACCAGCAUGGAGUAGAUACAGCUAAAUACUACCAGCAGGCGGAGCGAGAACUAGAAGCAGAGCGGUCACUUUAA